AUGUCUCUGAAAGAUGAAAGCCAUGCAGCCACAUCCACGCUGAAGAAGCUCGCUGCAGACAUGAGCAACAUCAUCGAGAGCCUGGACACCAGGGAGCUCCAUGUGGAGGGGGAGGAGGUGGACUCGGAGGUGCUCACUGACCCCAAAGGCACCGUGUGCAUUCCCUUCUCUGCCAUCUACCACACCCAUGGGUUCAAAGAGCCGGGCACGCAGACGUACCUCACGGGAUGUCCUGUCCGAGUGCGUGUGUUGGAAGUUGAACGCUUCACUUCCACUAAGAAGGUACCAAGUCCAAAUGUUUACACCAUCGAGCUGACCCAUGGAGAGUUCACCUGGCAUGUGAAAAGGAAGUUCAAGCACUUCCAGGAGUUUCACAGGGAGCUGCUGAGGUACAAAGCCUUCGUGCGCAUCCCUAUCCCCACCAGGAGUCACACAGUGAGAAGACAAUCCAUCAAAAGGGGAGAGCCGAGGCAGAUGCCGAGUCUGCCGCACACCGCGGAGAGCACGGUGCGGGAGGAGCACUUCUCCAGCAGGAGGAAACAGCUGGAGGACUACUUGACAAAUAUCCUGAAAAUGCCGAUGUACAGGAACUACCAUGGAACAAUGGAGUUUGUUGGAGUAAGCCAGCUGUCAUUCAUCCACGACCUGGGACCAAAGGGCAUAGAAGGGUUCAUCAUGAAGCGCUCCGGGGGCCACCGCAUUCCUGGCCUGAACUGCUGUGGCCAAGGGAGGAUGUGCUACCGCUGGUCCAAAAGGUGGCUGGUGGUGAAGGACUCGUUCUUGAUGUACAUGAAGCCUGAUUCAGGAGCCAUUUCCUUUGUCUUGCUGGUUGAUAAAGAAUUCAACAUCAAGAUAGGCCGGAAAGAAACAGAAACUAAAUACGGGUUGCAGAUCGACAAUCUCUCCAGGUCGCUGAUUCUGAAGUGUAACAGCUACAGACAUGCCCAGUGGUGGAGGCAGGGCAUAGACGAGUUCAUCCGGAAACACGGCAAGGACUUUCUGACGGAGCAUCGCUUCGGCUCCUAUGCGGCCGUGCAGGAGAACACCCUGGCCAAGUGGUAUGUCAAUGCCAAGUGGUACUUUGAAGACGUUGCAAAUGCCAUGGAAGCUGCUAAAGAAGAAAUUUUCAUCACAGAUUGGUGGCUGAGCCCGGAAAUCUUCAUGAAGCGACCGGUGGUGGAAGGGAAUCGCUGGCGGCUGGACUGCAUCCUCAAGAGGAAAGCACAACAAGGAGUGAGAAUUUUUGUUAUGCUGUACAAAGAGGUAGAGCUUGCCCUGGGGAUCAACAGUGAAUACAGCAAGCGGACGCUCAUGCACCUUCAUCCAAACAUAAAGGUCAUGAGGCACCCAGACCACGUGUCCUCCUCCGUGUACCUGUGGGCCCACCACGAGAAGCUGGUGAUUGUUGACCAGUCCGUGGCAUUUGUGGGUGGCAUUGACCUGGCCUACGGGCGCUGGGACGACGACGAGCACCGCCUGACCGACGUGGGCAGCGUCAAGCGCGCCGCCGCCGGAAAGUCGGUGUCCACCGCCAACCUGUCUGCAAUGGAGUCGACUGAGCAUGUCCCGCUGCAGCCUCAGACUCUGGCCCCAGAGAGCCACUUGAUUGAGAGAAAUGCUGAUGAUGCCCCAGACACAACAAAAAUGAAAGGAGUAGGAAAACCCAGAAAGUUUUCAAGGUUCAGCAUUUACAAGCACCUGCACAGACAUGGCAUGCACCAUGCUGACAGCGUCAGCAGCAUUGACAGUGAGUCAAGUUACUCUAACCCCACUAGGAGCCAACCGAAUAUAAUCCAGAGUUUAAGGCCCCAUCUGAAAAUGUUCCAUCACCACAGUGAAUCCAAACAGGGGCUCGCUGAGCCUCGGGAGGAUAAAGGAUCCAUCCGUAGCCUGAAGACAGGUGUUGGAGAGCUGCUUGGGGAAACCAGGUUCUGGCAUGGAAAAGACUAUUGCAACUUUGUCUUUAAAGACUGGGUUCAACUCGACAAGCCUUUUGCUGACUUCAUUGACAGGUACACCACACCCAGGAUGCCCUGGCACGACAUCUCUUCUGUGGUGCACGGCAGAGCCGCGCGCGACGUCGCCCGGCACUUCAUCCAGCGCUGGAACUUCACCAAGAUUAUGAAACCCAAAUACCGGUCCCUGUCCUACCCAUUCCUGUUGCCAAAAUCUCAGCAAACUGCUAAUGAGUUGAAGUAUCAGGUGCCUGAGGCUGUUCCUGCCACAGUCCAGGUGAUCCGCUCUGCUGCUGACUGGUCUGCUGGCAUUAAAUACCACGAGGAGUCCAUCCACAAAGCCUACAUCAGCGUGAUAGAGAACAGCAAGCACUACAUUUACAUAGAGAACCAGUUUUUUAUUAGCUGUGCUGAUGAUAAAGUUGUCUGGAACAAGAUCGGUGAUGCGAUUGCUCAGAGGAUUCUUAAAGCUCACAGGGAGAACAAGCGUUUCCGAGUGUACGUGGUGAUCCCGCUGCUGCCGGGCUUUGAAGGGGACAUCUCGACGGGCGGGGGGAACGCACUGCAGGCCAUCAUGCACUUCAACUACAGGACCAUGUGCCGAGGGGAAAACUCCAUCCUGGGCCAGCUGAAGGCAGAGGUUGGAGAUAAGUGGAUAAACUACAUAUCAUUCUGUGGCCUCCGAACAUAUGCAGAGCUGGAAGGAAAACUGGUCACGGAGCUCAUCUAUGUGCACAGCAAACUGCUCAUUGCUGAUGACAACACAGUUAUAAUCGGCUCUGCCAACAUCAACGACCGCAGCAUGCUGGGCAAGAGGGACAGUGAGAUUGCCAUCAUCGUGCAGGACAGUGACACCGUGCCCUCCGUGAUGGACGGACAGGAGUACAGCGCCGGGAGGUUCGCCCAGUCCCUCCGCCUGCGCUGCUUCAGGGUUGUCCUUGGCGGCUCUGAUCUCAAUCUGGAACACCAGGAUCCCGUCUGUGACAAAUUCUUCAAGGAGGUGUGGAUUGCCACAGCAGCUCGCAAUGCCACCAUCUUUGAUAAAGUGUUUCGAUGCCUUCCCAGUGACCAGGUGAAUAAUUUAACCCAACUGCGUGAUUUCAUCAACAAGCCCAAAUUAGCAAGUGAUGAUCCUGCAAAAGCAGCAGAAGAAUUAAAAAAGAUUCGUGGAUUUUUAGUGCAAUUCCCCUUUCGUUUUCUGGAGGAAGAGUACUUGCUUCCCUCUGUUGGAACAAAGGAGUCCAUGGUACCCAUGGAGGUUUGGACUUAA